AAAAUCGAACACAAAAAAAAUGUCAAAGAUAUUUGAGUGAUUUCAUUAAGUCGUGAAAAAUGUAAAAAUUUAUUAACUUAACUGUAUUAUUAAAUCAAUUAAUAUAUGUGAACGUGUUAAGUGACAUUCAAAGAUUAGGAAAAACCUGAAGUACAGUCCAAAAUAAGUUUGGAAACUAUUUAAAACGUAUAAAAGUAUUGUGGAAGUUUUUUUGUUAAUUAAAAUACGUAAAACUACGUUAAAAAGUUCUAAAAUCAUCACAAAUAGAUCAGAUUAUCGUUAAUUAUGGACGAUCCGACCCUCAAAAUCCAAACGUUCCGACCAACAUGGGAGGAAUUCAAAGAUUUCAAAAAAUACAUUAAAUAUAUCGAGUCACAAGGAGCUCAUCGUGCUGGACUCGCAAAAAUUAUUCCACCGAAAGAGUAUGUUCCUCGCAAGCAAGGCUAUUCAGAUUUGACAAAGUUAAAAGUGACGAUAAAGAAGCCAUUAUGUCAAGUUGUAGCUAAAGUUAAAGACAAAGGAGAUGGCGUUUAUCAGCAAGUAAAUGUUCCAAUGAAGUCAAUGACGGUUACAGACUUUAAGAAUCUUGCAAAUUCACCAAAAUAUUGCACGCCACCACAUCGAAAUUAUGCUGAAUUAGAGCAGAUUUAUUGGAAUCGAAUGACAUCACAUUUUGGUAUUUAUGGAGCUGAUGUUUGUGGCUCAAUUACAGAUCCAGAUUAUGAAUACUGGAAUAUUAAUAAAUUAGAUACAAUCUUAGAUUAUGUUGGGAAGGAUUAUGACAUUUCUAUUGACGGUGUUAAUACUGCGUACCUUUAUUUUGGUAUGUGGAAAACAACAUUCGGUUGGCAUACAGAAGAUAUGGAUUUAUACAGUAUUAAUUUCUUACAUUUUGGUAUGUCAAAGUCUUGGUACACAAUUCCUCCAUGUUAUGGACGGAAAUUUGAGAAAUUGACAGUUGCAUUAUUUGGAAAAUCUCACGAGAUAUGUCCUGCUUUUUUGCGUCACAAGAUGACUGCAAUACAUCCGAAAUGGCUUGAUGAUUAUGAUAUUCCAUACGAUAGAAUCACACAAGAAGCUGGUGAAAUUAUGAUUACUUUCCCUUAUGGAUAUCAUGCAGGCUUUAAUCAUGGAUUUAAUUGUGCUGAAUCGACAAAUUUCACAACAGAACGUUGGAUUGAGUAUGGCAAGCAUGCAGUUCUUUGCCAUUGUUGUCCAGAUUCUGUUAAAUUUCCAAUGGAUACAUUUGUUCAGCGAUUUCAGCCAUCGAUUUUUGAGGAUUGGAAGGCAGGAAAGGACAAAACUCCACAUCCAGAAUAUGCAUCAAAUCUAGCAGAUACAAAUCAACCAACAUACAGUCACAAAAUGUCAUUCGUUGAAAGGAACCCAGACUUGGAUCUUCAAUUCAUUUUGGACAAUCCACAAGUUACUGAUGAAACUAAAGAAGAUAUUCGUGCAUCAUAUUUUGUGUCUGCUGAAGACGAAGUUGCAGGAAUGGAAGCUGACUUUGAUGAGCGUGAAGCAGCACGUCGUAAAAUGAUAAUUGAUGAUUUAUCAAGCGAAGAAGAAAGUGAAGAUGAGAGACCUAAACGUGGCAAGAGACGAAAGAAGCACGACUCAGACUAUGAUGAUGACUGGUUUGAAUCUAAAGGACAUAAGUAUGUCACACAAGAUGGAAAAGUUAAGAAGCUAGGAAGACCACCAGGUAGACGUGGCAGGCCACCAACUAAAAGGAAACCAGACUCGCCAGUCACAACAAAGGACCAAGAUCCUUUAAGUAAUUCAAAGACACUUGCUAAGCCUGUUGCUAAAAAGCCAGUUCAGAAGGAAAUUCCUAAAUCUAAUUCAACUUCUCAGAACAAGCCGUUGACGGCACAUGCUAUUAAAGAGAGUUCAAAACCAACAAAUGGAAGCAGCGCUAAAGUUACAGUUUUUGAAAAGUCAGAUAAAAAAGUGACAGUAAUGUCAGGAAAGCCAGUGGAUGUACCAUUACCACAACCUAAAAUACCCACAACACCUCCAGUAAAUGCCUCUCGAGGUCCAUCUUAUAAUGAUGCAUUUGCACAAUUCCUACAGUCCAGUAACAAACCUAAAGCACCUGAGACUGUUAAGGUUAAUGUUGCUAAGAAAGAACCAGUUGUACAGCACACGAGUGUCAUUCAGCAAGCUCCAACUAAGCCAGUGUCUCCAAAAGUGACGAAAAUUCAACAGAAAAAUAAUCUAGACAUGAUUUUAGAGCAGCAGCUACUUCAACAGCAACAAUAUCAACAAUACCAAAUGCAGCAACAGACUAAUUAUGUUGUAGAUCAAAAUCAGAGGGUAAAGACAGAAAGGAUACCACAGAAUUUACAAAAUCCAGCAUAUUCAGUACAGGAAAAUACAGUUUUAGCACAAGACGGUGAACAGCAGAAGCUUUAUUACACAAUUUUAGACUCGAAUGCUCCGACUUUAAAUGAUGCAUGGAGGAUGGGUAAUGGAUCACAAUAUUAUGGACAGCAGCAGCAAACUUUUUAAAAAAUAUAACAAUCGAUUUUAAGUUGAUCUGGAAUGGAUUUUUGUGCAAAUCCGAAAAUAAUGCACAGAUAAGAAAUGUAUAUAUUAACUUUACAUGCUUAACUUUUUAAUAUUUGUAGUGUAUAAUUCGUAAUUGUAUCUGUCAUGAAGAACAUACAAUAACUAUGAAUAUAAAUUAUUAAUUUUAUGAUUUUGAAGAUAAAUAAAUAAAAAGUUGCAUCUUUAAAAUCGUGUGUACGCUGAUUUGAUUGCCUUUUAUUCCGUUCUUUGAAGAACUUAGUCCAGUAAUAAACAGAAAUGGGUAUGAAGCGAGAUCAGAGGGUUGGGUCAACUUGUAUCAUUCAGAUGAAUACCAAAAUGGAUCUUAAGAAAACUUUGUGUCAUUAAGAGAAUGACAGCUAAUACUUUAAAUAUUCAUUUCUUGUAGUCAAUUUGUUAAAAUACCUUAAAUCUAAUGUACAGGCUAGUUAUUUACAAUAUUAUUUACACACUUAAAGUAACUUAAGCCUAAU